UGGGUGGAGGAGGCGACUGGGAUGAACGAGGAGCAGCUCGCCGAGUUCUACGCUGCUGUUCGCCCGGUCCGCCUUCGUUCCCUGGCCUCGACGGUCAACAAGUCCACCACCAUCCUCCUGCCCGCGUGGAAGCAGCACCUCGCUGAUCUGAACUUGCCGGAGCGCAUGCUUCGUCAAGACGUUCGCACCCGCUGGCAGUCGACAAACGACAUAGUGGUGAAUGCAGUGGGGAUGAAGCGUGCGAUCCGGUCGUUUUGCGCAGAUGGCGACCUUGGUGUCGACCUUGACAAGUUCCGGAUGAAUGCGCGGGAAUGGCAGAUUGCAGAGCAGCUGGUCGACGUUCUGAAGUACUAUGCGCUCACAGACUCAUCCGAGGCGUACCGUAUCGCCAUGGUCCUUCAUCCUCGCUACAAGAUGGAGUACUUCAAGUCCGAGCACUGGCCGGACGACUGGAUCGAGACUGCGAAGACCGUUGUCCGUGACCGGUACGACGCUGUGUACAAGCAU